AUGUUGAACAAGAAGAAGAAUGCUGUGGAUGAGGAGGAGGCAGGCAUGACAGUGCGUCAGCGCCUGCGGCAGAAGCGCGAAUUAGAGGAGAAGCGGAAGUUUGGCCUCGCACCGCUCGCCGUGGACGAAGUUUUGGGUAACGAGAUUAGCCCGAAUGUACCGCAGCUCAUCUCGCAGGCCCCGUGGUACUACGGCACAUCUGGCCCCACGCUUGACCACCAGCGCCUGAAACGCGAGGAUACGAUGGACAGGCUUCAGGACAAACACGACAAGGUCGUUGUGCUCGGAAAAGCAAAGACGUACACUGCAGGGGCCUGCUGCAACUGCGGUUCCAGCACGCACAAGACAAGCGACUGCUACAAACCGCGCAAGAAGGUAGGCGCCAGGUACAGCGGAAAGGUAACGGCGGUCGACAUGCAGGUGGAGCGGGUGGAUAAAAGUUACGCCCAAAAGCGUGAACGAUACGCCAUGGGCGCGGGUGUUGACUUGCUGCAGCAAGCACAGCAGGAGGAGGGAGAGGAAGAAACGCGGGCGGAGAGCAGACUUGAGGGCAACGGCGAGACGGUGAAAAAGUGCCCGCGUCUGCAGGAUCUUUUUGCGACGCAAACGGCAGUGACAGGCGGCGGGGUGGAAAUCAAAGAGCUGCCGAAGCACCUGCACAACCUCGACGACGACGGCGUACUGUUCGAUCCAAAGACGGGGUCAAUGCGUGGGAACCCGAACGCGGCGGAUCCAACUCGAGCAUUUCAGGGCGACCUUCAGCGCUACCGCACGGGUGACUACUACACAUACCUUGAUAUGCAGCUGCGGUUUCUGAACGGUGAGUCGAAGUCUAUUGUUGACUUUGGGCUGGACGAGCAGCUGCAGAAGCAGAAGCGACAAGAGCAGCAGCAAAAGGGCGAGGGUGACCGCAAUGACAGCCGCGUCCGUACGGAGGAGGAAACGACGCGGGAUCGAUUGGUGCGAUCACUCUACGGUGACUCCACAUUAGCCUCUGCAGAAAGUUUGCUACGCAUGAAGGAGGCAAUUGUCAGUGUGGCUGCUGCUGCGUCGUCCUCUUCCACGCCAAUGACGCUUCCUCACCCUCGUAUGCUAUCUGCGACGCGCAACGGCCAUACCUGCGUCUACGGCAGUUACUUUGACCGUGAUGGGUUCCGAUGGGGGUACAAGUGCUGCAAGCGCCUUGGAAAGGAUGCUGUGGCAUGCCAAUCAAAACAAGCAGAAACAGCCGUGGCCACAAAGGCAGAGGGGUGUAGUUUGGGCGAAGCAUCGUGA